CAACUAGUAAAUUUUGCGAUUUUUAAAAAAAUUUCUAAAUUUUUAAUUUAAAUAAAUUGCAUGUUAAAACAUUUAUACAUAUUUUAAAAAAUUAUUUUGAUUUUUAUAAUCACGUAAUAAAUCGUUACAUAAUAACAAUGAAUUAUAACAUUUUUAUAUUUAUCGUGGUAGUCAACGCGACGAAUAGCCAGAAAAAAUAUGAUGAAGGAUAUUGUGCGUGAUAUAUACGAUCACUAUCCAUUUAGCGUAUUUAAAUUAUCAUUAAAUACAGAAGUGAAAGACAAUCAAAACCAAUAUUCGUUUAUAGUAUGGCAUUUAUUAUUAAACGAUAAAGAAUAUUCUAAAAAUAACAUCGUCACAAGAAAAAAUCUUCAACAAAAAAUUAGUUAUACAAUGACACUAAUUAAUUAUGAGUACAUAAUAAAUUUAGCAUUUAUCGUUAAUCACAUAAAAUAUAUAUCUUCUUAUUGUAAUAUAUUUGAUCAAUGGGUUACUGAUGUAAAUGGUCCAACACUUCACGCGAAGUGUGUGAAUUUAUUAAUUCGAAAUGUUAAUGAAUCUAAAGAACUUAUUCCACGUUAUAUUAGUGCAAUAAAUUUCCUAAGGAAUUUGUUAAAUGUAGAAACCAACACAGAUACUUUAGACGAAUUAAUACAAUUUAUUGAAUUGGUAAGCAGAGAAAAAAAUGAAAAUGACUAUUCAUUAGCGGACAAAAUUUAUCAUAAUUUCAAAGAAGUGUACGAAAUGGAUAAUAAUAAUUUGCAAAAAAUAGUAAACAAUUAUUCAGUAGCUGAAUACAAGUAUUGUGUAAAUAAAAAAAUGGACGAUUUUAACAAAUAUAAAUCAAACAAUAAAUUACCAAAAACGUUUCAACACUACGAAUUUGCAGAAGUUAUCUUAAAUAAAAGUCUUGAACAGAUGAAAAACGCGUAUGCUAAACACGGCUUUCUUUAUGACAUAGAUAAGAAUGAAACUUUUUAUUUAUACGAUGUAAUAGUUAAAGAAAAUAAAAAAUCAUGUUCUAGUUUUUUUAAGUAUUAGAAUAUAUGUGUCUCUAAUAAAAUAUUAUUUAUAUACAUGGAUGUUAUAUAUUACAUACCCUUUAUCAUAUUUUUUCUGGCUAUUCGUUGCGUUGACUACCACGAUAAAUAUAAAAAUGUAACGAUUUAUUACGUGAUUAUAAAAAUCAAAAUAAUUUUUUAAAUUAUGUAUAAAUGUUUUAACAUGCAAUUUAUUUAAAUUAAAAAAUUAGAAAUUUUUUUGAAAAUCGCAAAUUUAACUAGUUGAUUAAGCGAUGGCCUACUAUGUAAUGUACAAUAAACCACGUCACAAGAUGU